AUCCUCAUGUGCGCAUCACGAGGAAGAAGAAGAAGAGAGAGGCUGUUCGGCUUCUGGGUUUAGUCACUUGCUGUUCCAUGAAAGGCAGUUUAUUCCUAUGGGGGAUAUCAAUAUCGACGAUAUUUUGAGCAGGCUGUUGGAAGUGCGUGGCUCGAAGCCAGGAAAGAGCAUCGACCUUGCAGAGCAUGAGGUCACAGGACUGUGCCACCAGGGCCGAGAUAUCCUUCUCAGCCAGCCUACGCUCAUAGAAGUAGAGGUCCCCAUCAAGAUCUGCGGGGAUACUCAUGGUCAGUACUACGAUCUCCUGCGACUGUUCACCUAUGGUGGCUUCCCCCCGGACAGUAAUUACCUGUUCCUGGGGGACUACGUGGACCGGGGAAGACACUCAAUUGAAGUAGUCUGCCUCCUGCUCUGUUACAAGAUCAAAUUCCCCGAAAACUUCUUCAUUCUUCGAGGAAAUCAUGAAAGUGCCUCCAUAAACCGCGUCUACGGAUUCUAUGAAGAAUGCAAGAAAAGGUACAACGUCAAGAUGUGGAAGACCUUUACAGACUGCUUCAACUGUCUUCCCGUAGCCGCCAUCGUGGACGGGAAAAUUUUUUGCAUGCACGGAGGUCUGAGCCCUGACCUCGAAACGAUGGACCAGGUGCGAAAAAUCACGCGACCCACCGACGUGCCUGACCAAGGCCUUCUCUGUGACCUUCUGUGGUCGGACCCAGGCAAAGAUAUCAUGGGGUGGGGCGAGAACGACCGCGGCUGCUCUUUCGUUUUCGGCGCAGACGUCGUCAAAAGUUUCCUGGAGAAGCACGACCUCGACCUCAUUUGUCGGGCACAUCAGGUGGUUGAAGACGGGUACGAGUUCUUUGCCAAGAGGCAGUUGGUGACUGUGUUCUCAGCACCAAAUUACUGUGGGGAGUUUGAUAACGCAGGUGCCAUGAUGAGCGUCGACGAAUCUCUCAUGUGCUCUUUCCAGAUCCUAAAACCCCAAGGGAGAAAGCGUGGACCGUAAUGAGGACCAAAGAAGAGUGGCGUCGAUGACACCGCUGCUCUUUCCGAGUAAAGGAACAGCAUCGUUUCACAACUUCUCACCCAGCCAUUAUGCGCAAUGACAUUUAGUAACGGAGACAACGCCAUAAAAUUCGUGGGCUGACGUCUGGAGCUAUUGCUGUUUCUUCGUUUUCUAAACCUUUUUCCUCCCACUGUCUGCUUCCACUUGUUGCAAUUAAGACUUUUCUCCUAGGGUUACAUGCACGACACUUUCCCCAACCGAAAGCCGUUUCCAAUAAAAAGCGGUUGCGAUUUCUGGUGGGCAA